AUGAUCGCACCCAAACGACCAAGUGAGACUUUACAUGAGUCGACUCACGAGCAACUUGAACAGAAAGAUCAUGAUAUCAAUUUGGAGGUCGCUCGGUCUCGUAAACGCCUUAAGCCCCAGUCAUCAUUUGACAAUCAAUUCUGGGCACAAGCUGUCACCGUCGAUGAGUUAUUGCAGGAUCGAGCAGAUGUCAAGCGUGCCAUUUCGCUGGGGAAUUUUGAGGCAAGCGAGAUGGAUUGGGAAAAGACAAACGAAGCGAAGAAGCUGUUUGAGGAGAUGCGCGCCAAUGAAAUGAAUCUGAAGAUCUCUAAGGCCCAUCGGAGCGCUGCAACUUCUCAUAGUGAAGGGAACACCAUGUGCCUACCCCUCAUGAAGUUCUUUACGACAAGUAAGCUUGGGCACGGAAUAAGUUUUACAGGCGCUGGAGCUCGAAAUACAUCUGAUCAAUCCAAUUUUCGAAAUCAAAUGAUCGAUGUGGCUCAAAGGGAUUUGGCCUAUAUGUAG